AUGAGGUUCUACGCAAUACUAUUUCCGAUAUUAUCCCUGUUGGGUGAAGUGGUAUCUAGACCUGCGGUGGAUCGGGAUGGUUUGAUCAAAAGACAAGAUCCAGUCGUCAGUCCUUCCACUGACUUGACAUCGACUGAACUAUCGACUGUCACUCCUUCGUCGGUUCCCACAUCUGCGGUAGAAUCUUCGGCUGUUCCAACCUCGGCUGUCUCUGCUGAACCCACCAGUGCAGCGGUACCACCAUCAUCAGAAGUCCCAAUUUCGACCGCAGCCUCCUCUGCAGUAAUUCCCUCAUCAGUAGCCCCGAGCUCAGCUAUACCUCCUUCAAGCUCUGAGGCAGCUCCUUCAUCCUCUUUGUCACCAGAACCUCAAUCGUCCGUGGCUCCAGUGUCUUCAGCAGCGGCCGAAUCGUCAAUUGCUGCUACAUCAAAUCCAGCAGUGUCAAGUAUUGCUGAAUCAAGUGUUGAACCUACUUCAUCACCUUCAUCAGUGGCUUCACCACCGCUUCCUUCAACAAGUACGUCUAUCGCUUCAUCUAUUCCUUCUUCAGGUGUCAUCCUAUCAUCUACUAUAUCAUCAUCGUCACCACCAUCGUUGUCCCCCACAUCAUUAGCUCCCUCAUCAUCUGGGGCAAUCGACCCAUCUUCAAUCAUCAACCCCUCCACGUCGAAUGUUUUAUCAACUGUUGUUUCUACUUCAGGCUCGGUCAUCGUUCCAUCCUCUGUAUCAACUUCUAACCCAUCAACUACCCCUUCCUCCGUUAUUGCAACUUCCCCGGUCACUACACAAACAUCGUCGGUCUCGCCUUCACCAUCUACUCAACCUACCUCAUCCGCAAGCACACCGAGUCAAACGCCAUCAACUGCUGUGGUAGUUACUCCUUCUACGACGCCGACUCCCGGUGGACCUAUAACAGCGACCGCUACAGAGGUGUUUACAACUCAAGUAAUAGGAACGAAUGCUGCUGGAGUCACCACUACUGGAUCAUAUGAAGAGACUGUGGUGAUUAUAGUCACUGCUGGAGGAGGUACUGCCACUCAAACUGCUGCUCCUACUGAUGGAGGCCAAGCUGUCGUAACAAUCACAGCAACUGAUCCUGGAGCUAGUACAGGUAGUGAUGGUGGAUUAGUGAUUGUCACAGUAACUUCUACCGGAAGCACGACAGAUCAAGCAGGACAAGCAACGGUUGUGUUAGUGACAAGUACGAUUCACGCACAAUUGACAGUGAUAGGCGGAAAAACAGUCACAGCAACUAGUACUGCGGGUAGUGGAGGUUCAUUACAGUCACACGGAAAACAACAAACGCUUUGUGAUAUUGGAACAAAAUGGAUAAUGAUUAUAAUGACUUUAUCGAGUAUGAUAUUAGGUUUCUUAAUAGUGUAA